CUGAGUCUUCACGUGUGUCGUUCGCUCGCUUGAUCGCUCGAUCUCGCUUCAUCUGAGCUCGGGCUUCCAUUUACAUUCCCAUAUAUAUCGCAUACACAUAUAUACUUAUAUAUAUGUAUAACAAACGUAUUUUAGACCGGUUUGUUGUGUUUAACCACAGCUAAUAUAAAGGAGUAUCCUCCAUAGAGCAUGUUUCGUAUCGUGUGUUAAUUUUUAGUAACAAACUAAUACUCAAAUUGGUGCUAAUUACUAAGUUUUAUACGACAAGUGCUAAAAAUCAUUUGAUAUUCCGAUAUUGAGAAUUGUGCUAAGAUUUAAGGCUCAUUUGAGCUUUAAUUGUGUAUUUAUUUUUCUCCCCUCAAUACAAAUCUGCAAUAUGUAAUAAAAGUAAUCAGUGAUUAAACUUUAAUGUGCUAGCAAAUUUGCCAAUUAAACACAUCUAUUUGAUAUCUACACUGAAUUGGAUACGAUUUGGAUUAUAAUUUGAAAAGUACAAAAAUGGCAAGACACAGUCCACAGACACGACAGCUACGGCUUGGAUUUUUGGGACUAUUGAUACUGCUGACAUCGGCCGUAUUGGGCAAAUCCCAAAUGUGCGAGGUGGAAACUGGUCAAACGAAUAUUAUAUUGGAUAUAGAAGAGAGUCGUGGAAAUUUUAUUGGACAAGCUACUACACCGCCCGAACUACCAAUUUAUGGUGAUCCCUACACGGAAAUUGCUCUCGAUUUAGUCUUCCCAAAGGGGCAACCGACGUUCCUGUUGAACGGCAAAAAACUUCAGUUACUCCAGCCACUAGAUCGCGAUGAGGAGAAUCUUAGUCACAUUGUGUUUCAGGUAUCCUGCACCGUUCGCACCACGAAUAAGAAGCGCAACAUUCCGAUUAUUGUGCGAGUCUCUGAUAUUAAUGACAAUGCGCCACGUUUCAUGAACACACCCUACGAGGUGACUGUGCCCGAGAGCACACCGGUGGGCACAACAAUCUUUCGCAACAUACAGGCACUCGAUAAGGAUGCCGGCGUCAAUGGCCUGGUUGAAUACUUCAUUGCCGAGGGCAGCACCAAUGCCACCGAAGAUGAGAAGCUGACUAGCGCUGAUGGUUAUGGUACCUUUGCCAUAUCAUUUCCACACCAGGGACAGGUUACUGUGGCCAAGACCUUGGAUUACGAGAAAAUUCAGCGAUAUUAUCUGACCAUUGUGGCAUCGGAUCGUGCACGUAAUCCCUCGGAUCGUCUGUCUUCAACGACAACUUUGACAGUAAAUAUUGCCGAUUCCGAUGACUUGGAUCCUUCGUUUAUCUAUCGGGGCUGUGUGCUGCUCGAUGGCGCUUGCAUUAAUCCGGAAUACACGGCCUCAGUGCCAGCGGGCUCCUUGCUAGGCGUACUCAAUGUCCUGCCCGAACGUAUACAAGCCGUGGAUCUGGACACGAUCAAUUCCCGAAUACGCUAUAGCUUUGCCAGUGGAAUGCCUGGAAAUUAUGCCGAUUAUUUUGAAAUUGAUGAGGAGACUGGAGUGUUGAAGCAAACAAAGGCCAUAGACACAUCCACGGCUAAGAAAUAUGAUAUAGUUGUGCGGGCGGAAGAAAUAUCGCCGGCACCACGAAGAUUCACCACAGCCAAACUGACCAUAGCUGUGAAGCCUGUCGAUGCCAAUCCUCCGGUGAUAUCUUCUUCGGAAAUUGAUGGUUAUGUCGAUGAGAAUUCACCUAUUGGCACAAAGGUACUCGAUGCUCAGGGUAAACCAAUUUCAUUUAGCACCACAGAUGCUGAUCUUGGCGAGGGAGAUCCAAAACCGGAUUAUAUCUAUGAGCUAACGACGCCAUCGUUCAAUGUGACAAGCGAGGGUAUUCUGGUGGUGAAUGAAGAGAAUCUUGAUCGUGAUCCACCAGCGCCUGGACGUUACAAGUUCCAAGUGGUGGCCCGGGAACCACGCACCAAUGCGGCUAGUGCUCCGCUCAGUUUAACCGUACACUUGCGAGAUGUCAACGACAAUCCACCGAAAUUGGCCAUGGUGGCGCCCAUAUCGAUAACAGCCGGAGAUCAGCAACGUCUAGUGACCCAGGUCAAUGCCACCGAUAACGAUGAGGGCGCAAAUGCCGUUGUCACCUACUCCAUUUAUCACGUAUCCAAUAAUGGGGCACAGAAGUUCAUUAUUAAUGAACAGACGGGUGAAAUCGAGACUCAUGGCCGUCUAUUGGCUGGAGAGCAAUACAGCAUCACGGUGCAGGCCACCGACAUUGGAGGUCUCUCCUCCCAGGCCAUUGUUGAGGUCAGUGUGACACCGGGACCAAAUACGAAACCUCCACGUUUCGAAAAGGCCAUCUAUGAGGUGCAAGUUAGCGAAGGUGCUGAGAUUAAUUCCACUGUCACGGUGGUUCACGCCGACGAUCCCGAGAACGAUCCCGUUGUGUAUUCCAUUAUCUCAGGCAAUGAUUUGAGACAAUUUGCUGUGGGCCAGGAGAAUGGAGUUAUCAUAGUCAUUAGGAAAUUGGAUCGUGAGAGUCUGACACGUUACCAACUGAUCCUGAAGGCAGAGGAUAAUGGUGGCCUAUCCAGCAGCGCCACGGUUAACAUCAAGGUGACCGACAUCAACGACAAGAAUCCCGAAUUCGAUGAGUCCACACUGCCAUAUGUAUUCCAAGUGGAUGAGGGACAAUUGGACACCUUUGUCGGGGUUGUCCAUGCCACCGAUGCGGAUGAGGGAAUCAAUGCAGAGAUCACUUAUUCCAUACCCACGGAUAUACCCUUUGCCAUAAAUGGAAAGUCCGGAGAGAUACGCACUGCCAAGAAGUUGGACUACGAGAAGCAAAAUGAGUACAAGUUUGUGGUAACAGCCAAGGAUGGAGCACCCGAUGCCCGAUUGGGUACGGCCAGUGUGACAGUGAUGGUGCGAGACUUGCCUGACGAAGUGCCACGCUUUAGUGACGCACGAAUCGAUGUUCAUAUUCCGGAGAAUGAGGCCAACUAUCUAGUGGCAACUGUGCAAGCUUUUGAUCCGGAUUCCAUGCCAGAGAUUACCUAUGUUCUGCGUAAGGGCGAUGAGGAGCUGUUCAAGGUCUUCCCGAACUCGGGAGAAGUGCGCACCACCAGCAAAGGACUCGAUUUUGAGAAGCAACGUCAACAUGAACUUAUUGUCGGUACCAUUGAGAAUGAUGGAGAUGGCCCGGGCGACACCGUACGCUUGGUUGUCCAGGUGGAAGAUCGCAACGAUGUAGCACCUCGUUUCUUGACCGUUCCCGAGCCGGUGACUGUGAACGACGAUCAGCCCAUUGGCACGGUUAUUGCCACCAUGCCGGCCAUUGAUGCCGAUGGCACUUCUCCAGGCAAUGUGGUUCGCUAUGAGCUAAUUGGCCGCGGCAAGGCCUUGAAAUAUUUCCAAGUUGACCCCGAUACCGGUGCUGUGCGUAUACGCGAUGAGCUGCGCAAGGAUGAGGACACGGAAUACCAAGUGGACAUCAGGGCCUACGAUAUGGGAGAACCUCAACUCAGCUCGGUGGCCCAACUGCGCGUCGAUGUGCGUCACCUGUUGCUGGAUCCGAAUGGGGAAAGUAAAAUCGAUGCCAACAAACUGGACAGCGGCCUCGGCAUCAUGAAUCCCGAGACCAUCGGUCUGGCAUUUAGCGAUGACAGCUACACCACCAGUGUCCCGGAGUCGACUAGUGUGAAUAGUACACUGAAACUAGUGCAGAUAGUCAACGCAAGAAAAUCCUCCAAGGAUAUGGCCAUGCCGGCCUUUAAGUGUGAAUUCGUACAGGGCAAUGAGUUGGGCAUGUUCGAACUAAUCUCCGAGGAUCAUGGCUGUGGCAUUGUGCUCUUGCAAACAUUGGAUUUCGAGAAUAGGACAACAUAUACCCUGCAAUUACGUCUAGUGUCGCAUAGAUUUUUCGUGAAUCCCCGCAAGGAUCAUGCCACAGUUAAGAUUAUUGUGCAAGAUGAGAACGAUAAUGCUCCCGAAUUUGUAUUUAAUCGCCUGCGUGGACGUAAGGAUACUUUCUAUGCCGUUGUCACCACGGAAAUGGAUAUCGAUACAAGCAUCCUGCAAGUACGGGCCACUGACCGGGAUUCGGGCAAGUUUGGACAAAUCCGUUAUAAAAUAUACGAUGACGAAGAGGACAACAGCAUCAAUGAGAAUGAGGGAUUGCCCACCAGUUACUUUGUGAUGAGCGAAGAUUCCGGCAUUCUGCGCACAGCGAAACCUUUUACCAAUGAUGUUACUUUUCCCAUGGUCUUCUAUGUGGAGGCUCGAGAUAAUGCAGAGGCAAAUGAGGAAAUGGGCUCACACCGAACUAGAGCACGUAUUGUGGUCAAUCGACUCACUGAUCUCAAUCGCAUGACUUUGGCCUUCUCCGAUGCUCCUCCCAGUGAUUUGCGUAUUCAUUACUCUGAGCUGGAGGAAUUGCUGCAAGAGAAAUCAAAUGGUUUAGUCAGCGGAAUUGAACGUUUCAGUAGUCGCAAGUUCCUUACGGAUAAUGGUACCAUCAUGGAGAAUCCGGCGGCCACAGAUGUGUGGUUCUACCUCAUUGAUCCCAAGACAGAGCAGCUACUGAAACGUAACGAUAGUGCGGUCCAAGCAGCAUUGCUGCAACCAGCAGCUCGGGCGGAACUCAAUUUUGCUGCAUCGGGAGUGGCACGUGCCACAGCCGAAGGCAUCUAUGCCCCCAUUGAGAUGAAGGAGCAGGUUCAUAAGGUCAAGGCCGCCAUAGCAAUUGACGAUGAGGUCUUUCCCUUCACAUUGAUUGCUAUAUCCAUUAUCAUACUGGUUCUGGGUACCAUUGGCAUCAUCUACAUAUGCAUCUCCUGGUCCAAAUACAAAAAUUUCAAGCAACGCAUGCGCCAGUAUUCGACGCCCAGUCCUACGCGUUAUGAUCCAGUCAUUGUUAACUCCCAGGCCUCGAAUGCUGGCGAUACAGUGACCAACAUGAAGGAGUAUGAAACCCAAAUGCUUGCCAUGGCGGUUCCACCCGAUGGCGAUGAUGAUCUGCAGUUGGAUUUCAGUGCCAAGAAUCAUGCAUUCUCCUUGGAUAAUGUUAGCUAUAUAACCCACAAGGAGAACGGUGGCAAUGCCAACGGUGGUGCUGGUGGUCAAUCCAGUCCAUCCCAUUCGGAUGCCACAACAGCAACCAUAGCCACGCUGCGGCGACACAAUAAUCUGAAUAAUUUGAAUAUGAACAAUAAUAAUCUGACAAUGAAUAAUCGACAAAAUACCUUCAAUCGCACCUUGGAAAUGAAUACGCGUAACAAUGCAAAUCCCUUGGGAUCACCUCCACCGAAUGGCACCCUGACCCUGGGUCGUAUCAAGCAUCAGAAUAUCAAUCAUUACCAGAACGGAGGGUACAAAUUGGACACAUCGAGUCGCAACAAUCUGGCCAAUGCCCAGAAUAAUGCCUACAGCACAAUGGGCAGACGCGGCAAUACUUUCGGUGGCGUUGGUUUGCUCAAUGUCUCCGGCGAUAAUUCUGGAGGUGGAGAUUUGAUGACCAAUACUCUGGGUCGCAAUACCAACCACAAUCACAAUAAUCGCGUCUUUGGCGGUGAGGUUCCCAUUACGAAUCCACUUUUUCAACGAUCCAAUGGAGACAACCACCUGAGCAGCACCAAUGAGAAUGUUUCGUUUGGCAAACGAGAUUAUGGUCAAAUGGGUUUCUCAUAUCUAAACGAUUUAGAUCGAUCCGAGGUGGAAACGACCACGGAGCUAUAAUCUAACCUCCGAUCCACAUGACAAAUCGGUGUAUAUAAAUAUGUACUAAAAUUAAUCUCUAUUUAGCUGCCAAUUUUUUGUACGUUUCUAAUAGUUUAAGUGCAGUUGCCAUUAUUGAAUUCAGAACUGUAAAUAUUUGACUUUAGGGGAAUUAAUAUCGGAAGCAUUUAAAAAACUGAUUAGAUUAAUUGAUAAUUGUGCAUUAAUUUAACACAAAACAAAACCCAACUGCAGUCAUUAAAUUGUAAGUAAUCAAUCGAAUCAGAUUUAGAUUAAUUAUAAGUGAGCCGUGUGAGAUGAUAAAAGUCAUCAUUAUUAUUAUUUAGUAUGGAAAUGCCAUUAGCAAAAAUUUGAUAAGAUUGUUAAACUUAGGUAAAAAAUAUCUUGGCAUUCGCGUAUAUUAAACAAAAAAAUUAAUGGAAAUACAUUUUAAACAUUAAUUGAUAACUGUAAAUAACGAUAGUGCAAGAGAUAUUUGAAUGCAUCUUAAGAUGUUUUAAUAAAAAACUGCUUAUGUUAUUAUAAUAGAA